AUGGUAUCCUCCAAUAUCAAAAGAUUAGCGAAGAGCUAUUCUGCGCUUCACUCCUCGCCGCGGCGUUCGUCGUCCAUGAAACCUGGUGCCCCUGCACAACGGAUCUUUAAGCAUCGCGUGGCCACUGUUGUGGCUCAAAAAAGCACAGUGGAUCAAGAAUUUCGCAACGACAGACUGGUGUCCUUACUAGCGGUCCCUCUCCACUGGGACUUUUUCGGUUACAUUGUUGAUUGUCUAGUCAAGGCAUCCCUCGUCUGGUCCACAGCCCCAUCACGAUACCAUUCUGUGGCGUGGCCUACAGAAGACACACUCAAGACAGCGGCCUUGUUUGACUUUGUCAAGCAUCUGGUCGUGGCCUCUCGCGUGAAUACCGCGGCCGUGUUGGUCGCGCUGGUAUAUGUAGACAGGUGGAGCCAUAGCUCGGUUGCGGAUGUUCCGCAGUUGAGCUGCGAACAAGUCUUCUUGGUCGCUCUAUUUCUGGCCACAAAGUACGUGGCGGAGAGCUCAUAUGACUUGAAGUAUUGGAAGGCGUGGUCAGCAAUGUCGAAGGCCGAAAUUAGAUGGGCGGAGCGCAAGUUCCUCAAGGUGAUCGACUUUGAGGUGGGCAUUCAGGAAGAACACCUACUGGUCCACUACGACGAGGUGAUGAAGCGAUGCAUCAUUAACAACGAACGCAUCCUCCCUCCGCUUCCAGAGAUCUCUCCUCGUAGACUCGUCCGUCGCCGAGCCCAUGCCGUUCGCCGUGUUGUCGCCCCUGCGCCCGCCUUCAUCCCUUCCUUCCCUGUCCAGGCGAGUCCUGUCUCGCCUGUAUUUGGAGUACUAAGAAGGGAAGUGGACUGGUCUGUCCAUACCGGAGCAACAGUACCUUUCUCGCCCUCGUUGCCCCCUUUGUCUUCGUCCUCAUCAUUGUCAUCAUCCGCGUCGUCCUCUUCUGUGGCCACUCCCUACACUCUGGAUAAGAUAUUGCAGCCACCAAAAAUCCUCCAUAAACACCACCCAGUGUCACACUCCCUGGUGCUACCGGGCAUCUCGAAAAUGAUAUCGAACCCGUAUAAUCGCCUCCCCGGGUAG